UCUGGUGUUUAGUUCUCUAAACCCUUGCGCUCUCUCUCUCUCUCUCUCUCUCUCUCUCUCUGUGCAGUGGGCUCUUGCUUUACAUCGCUCAGAGAUGGAUCACCAAGAUCAGAAGCAUGAAGGCCAUGGAGUCCAUUGUCACAAAUGUGGCUGGCCUUUUCCAAACCCGCACCCAAGUGCCAGGCACAGACGUGCACACAAGAAGAUUUGCGGAACUAUUGAAGGCUACAAGCUGGUUGAUUCGGAGGAUAACCCCCAUUUGAAUAUUUCCGAUGAAGAGCAUUUAUCUGAUGAAGAUCACGCAGCCCCUAGUCCUAGAGUCCCGGAGAAAACUAACAAUGAGAAGGGUAGCCGUGGCAUUGGGGUAAAAUCGAACAGAUCAGAGGAUGAUCUGUUUUCGGAUGCUGUUGCGGAAUUUUCAUAUAGUGGAGUUAAUGCGGGAAACGAAGAUGUGGAAAAAGUUGCCAAGGAUGAUCCAAAAAUUAUCCAAUCAUUUAAGGAUGUUGGCGUAGCUGAUAUUAUUCAACCACCAAGUAUUUCUGCUGACAGCACCCAAGUUGAAAAUCCUGAAGUUCCUCAAAGUACAGCUAAUCAGUUGGGGAGUAAACUACAUUUGGAAGAUCAUAUGUCAAGCUCUACAACCAGUUCAAUGGCAAGUUCUAUUUCACAUUAUAUAACUGAGGAAUCAGUUAUGCUUAGUCAUGAUAGGGCAUGUCCACCCGAUGACUCAAAUAUUAUCAAGCCUGAGACUCUGACAGAUGCAUCACAAGGCAAUGUGAAGGCCAAUGCCAGGGAGGAUGUCACAGAAUGCUCUUUGCCAUGUGUUGUGCAGGAGGUUGAUACAAAGGGAACUGAAGAAAGUAAAAGAAAUUUUACAGACUUUAAUGUCUCACCGAGUAGAUUUGCUGGCGAAUCAUUUGAGACUGUGCUGAAGUUGGAAGAAACAGUCGAACAAUCUUUGGAUCCUUUGACAGCUGAUAGGGUUUUUAAGUCAGAGGAAGAUCAUCAUGAUGGGUCCAGUUCUAAGACGAAUCAAAAUGAUCCUCCCCCUGAAGUUUAUCCUGCUGAUCAUGUGAAUGCUUCUUUUGAUUCUUCCCAAAUCGAGGUGGAUGCUGCACAGAUAGGAAACCAUGCCAGUUCUGGCAGUAUGGUUGAUAGUGGCAAUCGAAAGGAAGAGGGAAAUUACAAUGCAAGUGUCCUUUCUGUGUCAGGUGUUUCUGCUAAUCAUGUGAAUGCUUCUAUUGAUACUACUCAAAUCAAGGUGGAUGCUACAGAAGAAAUACACCAUGCCAAUUCUGGCCAUAUAAUUGAGAGUUGCAAUAGAAAUGGAGAAGAAAAUGCAGAUGUAAAUGUACUUUCUGUGACUGAUGAUGCAUCGAUAGUCAACCAUCCUGAGGUGGUUGUGGAACAUUUUAAAGACACUAAAGAAGUGAAACUACAGGAAUAUGCAAUCCUCGAUUCCUGUGCAACAAUCACAGAUAAGGAAGACAGUGCUAAGGAUUCCGCUUCUGCGGAGAAUUCUUCCAGUUUCCAGUCAAGGCAAUUGAGUGAAGGAACUGAGCUCCCUUCUGGCCAUAUAAUCGAGAGUUGCAAUAGAAAUGCAGAAGAAACUGCCGAUGUAAAUGUCCUUUCUGUGACUGAUGAUACAUCAAUAGUCAACCAUCCUGAGGUGGCUGUUGAACAUUUUAAAGAUGCUAAAGAAGUGAAACUACAGGAAUAUGCAAUCCUCGAUUCAUGUGCAACAAUCACGGAUAAGGAAGACAGUGCUAAAGAUUCUGCUUCUGAGGAGAAUUCUUCCAGUUUCCAGUCAAGGCAAUUGAGUGAAGGAACUGAGCUCCCUUCUGGCCAUAUGAUCGAGAGUUGCAAUAGAAAUGGAGAAGAAAAUGCAGAUGUAAAUGUCCUUUCUGUGACUGAUGAUACAUCAAUAGUUGACCAUCCUGAGGUGGUUGUUGAACAUCUUAAAGACACUAAAGAAGUGAAACUGCAGGAAUAUGCAAUCCUCGAUUCGUGUGCAACAAUCACUGAUAAGGAAGACAGUGCUAAAGAUUCCGCUUCUGAGGAGAAUUCUUCCAGUUUCCAGUCAAGGCAAUUGAGUGAAGGAAUUGAGGUCCCUUCUUCAAUUUCUGUUUUGGGAGACGGUGUUGAACAUGAAGGUGGGAGCGUCAAGGUGGGUAUUGAAGUGCUUGCUGAAGAAGGAGCUGAGGUUUCUCAGAUCAAGGUGGCAAUUAAUGAAAUAGGAUCCCCUGCAGAGGUUGUGAUCCCUGACAUUGAGGAAAAUCACAUGGUCCAGUCUCAUGAAGAACAAGAAACUAAUGAUAUUCAUUACAAUGAAUUAAUGGUGAAUUUUCCACAAAGUGCUACAAAGUACCUAUCUGAUGCUGGAAGCAACCAAGCGAUUAACUUAGUUGGUGUGGAUGAUGCGGCCAGUCAUGAGCAAGCUAGGAAUGAAAGACUUGACAUAGUUGGAGAUGCCAAUGGAAAAGGUGCUACAGAGGAAAAUUGUAACAAAAUCACUAGCAAAAAUGCUGAAUCUACAAGUAAUCUCUCUGAAUCCUUAGUUGAUCCAACAAUGGACUUACCUGAAGGUGAUGAAUCUGGUGAUCAUGAAAAUGGAAAAACGGAGAAGUAUGAUAUAGAUGGAACUGACAGCAGGGAAGGACCUAAAGAGGAUGAUCUGUCAAUUAAGCCAAAACUGACUUCUGAGUCCGCUAGCAGUCUUCAUGAAUCACAAGCUGUUGCAGACGAUAUAAGGGAUGGGUCUCUGAAGAAGUUACCAGAACAUGAAUUCAGGCAUUUGGAUGGAGUUUCACAUUCAAGCAGAGUUGGCGACGAUACUGUUUUAGAUGCUAGCUUAAAAUAUGAACUCAAUGGCAGUGAAAAAUUGGAAGUAGAAUCUCUCGGAGUAAGUACUGCUAAUGAGUCAUAUCGUGGUGGAGAUGUUAUUUCAUUGCAAAAGACUUCAGAAGAUCACAUCAGACAAGAGUCUAAUCCCUCUGAUUUAGUAACUGAAUCUUCUGUUCAAAGUUCCGCUGCUGUUGAAGAUAACCAUGUAACAGAGUUUGGUGGGAGUGCAUCUGGAAUCACUUCCGAGUCUUUGGAAGGUGAUACUAACAUUGUUAAGCAACAGAUUGCUGCUUCUGCAAUUGAUGCUUCAGUUGACUCUUAUAGCCAAACUGAUAGUUUAGAAGGCAAUUGGGGAUCUGUUUCAGUACUUUCUACCCAAUCGGUUACAGCGGCGCUUAUUGAUACUGAGACAUUGCCAUCAUUAGAUUCCCAAGCAUUGGUAGAAGCAGAGAAAGCCCUCUUAGAGAAGCCAAAAGCAGCACCAGAGAGACAGCGUUCUGAUAAAUCAGAUAUGUUUGAGGCACCAUCUUUCAUGACAUUAGUUGAACCUAGAGAUAGGAGUGACGAAAAAGGUACUGCUUCAGAAGUCCAGACAGGACAGAAUCCACCACAGCUAUCUGCAUCUUUGCAGGCUGGGUGGUUUCCUUCUCUUACACAUGUUGUUAACGAAUCACAAGGGAGAAAGAAAAAUGAAGAGAUUAUUGCGAAGGUAACAAACUGGAGUACUGGAAAGCAACACACCCCUUUAAAAAGCCUUUUGGGUGAGGCUUCCCUUGAGAGCAAACAAAAGUUAAAGAAAGCAAAAGAAAAUCCAGCUCCUGCAACACAAAAAGAUGAAACAUUUCCAAAAGAUAAUGGUGCUAGCGUCACAACUGUAAACUCCAUUUUAGGUCCCGAAUCGCACACAACUCAGGCUGCUAGGACAGAAACAAAAAAAGAAUGGAACUCUCCAGCAAGGUAUACUUCUGAAAUUAAGAGAGAGAAGAGAAAAGUCAAAGGGAGACCGUAUUGGGUACAAUUUGUCUGCUGCUCAUCUAUGAAUUAGAAUCUUAACUACGUGCAUGCCUUGACUAUUCAUCCCACUAUUCAUGGUAAAAAUUUGUGGUGGAAAACCUUUUGUCAUUGUAAACUAGUCUGUGUGAUAGUAGCUUUAGUUUUAUACCUGUGUAGAUUUUAAGGUACA